AUGACUAAGUUGGAUAUCGAGAAAGUUGCAAUAAUCGGUGCUGGCCCAGGAGGGCUUGCAUCCAUCUAUGAAUUAUCCCAUACUAAUAGAGAUGGAACCUCCACUGUUGGUACGGGGAAAUCUGAGGACCCUAAAUUUACAAAAAUCGUUGCGUUUGAGCAAAAAGAUAAAGCAGGAGGAAUUUGGGCUCCAUCGAUUAACACAUCAGAUUUGAAGGCUCCACCCCAAGACAUUUUGGACACCGGAAAAUACAACGAUCCGGAUGUGAUUCACCCCGAGCAGAAAGCUCCAGGAGGAAUAGAAAACUCCAGUUUUGAGAAACCGGUUAAAAUUGAAACCAAAAAAAUCUAUAAUGAGUUAGAGUGGAAGAGAAGUGGAGUCUACAGGGACUUAUUCACCAAUGUUCCGGCCCGCUUCACCAGAUUCUCAUAUCUUCCCAAUGAAAAGAAGUACUUGGAUGAAAAAAGAGCGAUAUAUCCAUUUCUUAGCCAAGAAGAAUUAUCAGGUAGAAUCGAAGAUUUUGUUGAAAGAGAAGGGUUGAAUGAUUAUAUUCGAUUCAACACGCGUGUUGAGCAUGUUACUAAAAACGCAGAAGGAAAGUGGAUAAUCACUGUCAAGCAGAAAAAUGAAAACGAUGGGGAAGAAUAUUGGUACAAAGAAGAAUUCGAUGCUGUGAUCGUCUCGAAUGGUCACUAUUCAGUACCAAAUAUUCCUUAUAUUGAAGGAUUGGCAGAAUUCAAUAAGACUUAUCCUGGUUCAGUGAUCCAUUCCAAGUCUUAUAGAUCCUCGCAAGAAUUCAAAGAUCAAAAAGUUUUGGUUGUUGGUUUUGGUGUAAGUACUGCUGGAUUGGUUCAGUACAUUGUUCCAGUAGCCAAACAGACAAUCAUUGCCCAAAGAAGCCCCAACUUGGUUUUUGAAUGGAUUAAUGGUGCUUUGGUUUCCAAAGGCAUUACGCGUAGGCCAGAAAUCGAAAGAAUCGACGCUGUCAAAAAUGAAAUCAUCUUCAAAGAUGGUAGUAUCGAGCGUAAUGUUGAUAAGAUUUUACUUACAACCGGUUACCAUUUCCACUAUCCAUUUUUACAUGAUUAUUUGAAGGUCGUCUCUCCUUCCAACGUUAGUAGAGUCAAUGGUCUUUAUUACCAUACUUUUUCAAUCGAUGAUCCAACCUUGGCCACUGUUGGUGUUACUGUUGCUCAUUUAAAUUUCCACACAAUCGAAGCUUCUGCUGCUGCCGUUGCAGGUGUUUGGUCGGGUGCAAAAUCAUUACCUUCCAAACAAGAACAAAAAAAUUGGGAACAACAACAUGUCAAGAAUACCGGUAAUAGCUUGGUCUUCCAUUUCUAUGAAAAUGAUCAAGUCAAACCGGAUUUUGUCGAUAAAUUAUCCCCAUUACACCCAGACAAUAGACCAGAUAUCGUAUCAGAAGAUCUAAAGUAUCUAAAUGAAUUCGAUAUCGGUACAGCGAAGUCGGAAAAGCUUUUCUACCAAUUGAAAGAUGGGAAAUUGAACGUAAAGGACAUCUUCCCAGUAUAA